AUGGCACCUCAUGAUCCCAUCGACGUGCUCCAGGUCCUCCAGCUCCACACCCUGCCCGAGGGCGUGAAGAAGGCGCCGGGCUUCUGCUCCCAGCACGGCGCCGGCGCCGCCACCGCCGACAACGCCUACCGGAUAACGCGGCGCGCGCAGCUCAGCGCGCCCACCCGCCAGCUCUUCACCGGUAAAUUCCCCGAGGAUUUCUCCAUCAUGGCGCUGGUGAAGGCCAAGCCCGGCGUCCAGGCCUUCCUGCUCUCCAUCUACAACCGGGACGGCGUCCAGCAGCUGGGCCUGGAGCUCGGCCGCUCGCCCGUCUUCCUCUACGAGGACCAGCACGGCCGCCCGGCCCCCGAGGACUACCCGCUCUUCCGCGGCAUCGACCUGGCCGACGGCGAGUGGCACCGGGUGGCCCUGAGCAUCCGCGGGCGCACGGUGACGCUGCUGCUGGACUGCCAGGAGAAGGUGAAGCGGCCCCUGCCCCGCAGCGCCCGCCCCGUCCUCGACACCCGCGGCAUCACCGUCUUCGGCACCCGCAUCCUGGACGAGGAGGUUUUCCAGGGCGACAUCCAGCAGCUGCUCAUCGUGGCCGAUGCGCAGGCGGCCUUCGACUACUGCGAGCACUACGCCCCCCGCUGCGCGCCCGGCGGCCCCCAGGCGCAGGAACCCCCCCGGCAGCGGCACGAGUACUUUGAGGAGGACGCGGAGUACUACGAGUACCCCUACUACUACACAAAUAGCGAGGACGGGCCCCCGCAGGGGGGGGGGCCCGAAAAGACGAUGAUGAUGAUGAUGAUGAACAUGGCGCCCGCCUCCGGGCAAUAUCCCGGUGGUGGGCAACGUCCCGAUAACGGGAUUUCCCCCGAAAAAUACAAGAGGGGCCCGAGCUGUGGCUCCCCACCAGGGACCGGGGCCAUCAGGAAGCGAGGCAACAGCUACCAGCAGGCAAUGGGGCUGCCCCCCACCCAGGAGCCCCAUGGGGCCGCCACAACCCCGGAUCACCUCCCGGCCCCGCAGUGGGACCCCGACGGUGCGUCCCGUGGCGAUACGGGGCCGGCGGCCGCCCCGCUGCCGGAGGAAGGGGCGGCCGGCCCCGUGUACGGGCAUGACUCCGAGGAAUAUCGCGACUAUCGCGACUAUCACGACGGGGGGCUGGCGGAGCUGGGCCCUGCCAUGUCAGCCGAGAGGCAGGAGAGCGGAGGUGCUGCGCGAGGCGCCAGGGGCUACAAGGGCGAGAAGGGCGAGCCGGCCGUCAUCGAACCGGGGAUGCUGGUGGAGGGGCCCCCCGGCCCCGAGGGACCUGCGGGUAUGUCAGGACCACCGGGGACACAAGGACCACCGGGAGCCCCGGGAGAACCCGGCGAGAGGGGACCCCCCGGCCGCGCCGGGCUGCCUGGCUCCGACGGGACCCCCGGCCCCCCUGGGACCUCCAUGAUGCUGCCGUUCCGCUUUGGCAGCGGCGGCGGCGACAAGGGCCCGGCGGUUUCGGCGCAGGAGGCGCAGGCUCAGGCCCUCCUGCAGCAAGCACGGCUGGCCCUCCGGGGCCCCCCCGGACCCAUGGGGUACACCGGCCGCCCCGGGCCCAUGGGGCAGCCCGGCAGCACCGGGAUGAAGGGCGAAUCCGGAGAUUUCGGGCCCCAGGGUCCCCGCGGCCCUCAGGGACUGACAGGACCCCCAGGGAAGCCAGGCCGGAGGGGUCGACCGGGAGCUGAUGGUGCCCGGGGGAUGCCCGGCGAUCCCGGUGUGAAGGGUGACCGAGGCUUCGACGGGCUGCCGGGGCUGCCGGGUGACAAGGGGCACAGGGGCGAAACCGGCUCCCAGGGCAUGCCAGGGCCCCCCGGUGAGGAUGGAGAGAGGGGAGACGACGGCGAGGUGGGACCCCGAGGGCUGCCCGGAGAAGCGGGCCCCCGAGGUUUGCUCGGCCCCAAAGGCCCCCCGGGAAUCCCUGGUCCUCCGGGCGUGCGUGGCAUGGACGGUCCUGUCGGGCCCAAGGGGAACCUGGGGCCACAAGGGGAGCCCGGACCCCCCGGCCAGCAGGGGACCCCCGGCACCCAGGGUCUGCCAGGCCCUCAAGGCGCUACGGGACCUCCUGGAGAGAAGGGCCCCCAAGGCAAACCCGGCCUCCCCGGCAUGCCCGGCUCCGAUGGCCCCCCAGGUCACCCCGGGAAGGAGGGACCCCCCGGCACCAAAGGCCACCAGGGCCCCUCAGGUCCCCAGGGCCCCAUCGGCUACCCAGGCCCCCGUGGCGUGAAGGGUGUCGACGGCAUUCGAGGGCUGAAGGGCCACAAGGGUGAGAAGGGCGAGGAAGGCUUCCCUGGCUUCAAGGGGGACAUGGGCGUGAAAGGAGACCGGGGCGAGGUCGGCGUGCCGGGGUCCCGCGGCGAGGAUGGGCCCGAAGGUCCCAAGGGUCGGACGGGCCCCACCGGUGACCCAGGCCCCAUUGGGCUGGUGGGCGAGAAGGGCAAGCUGGGAGUGCCAGGGCUGCCCGGGUACCCGGGGCGCCAGGGCCCCAAGGGCUCGCAGGGGUUCCCCGGUUUUCCGGGCAGCAACGGCGAGAAGGGCGCUCGGGGUCUGUCGGGGAAAUCAGGGCCCAGGGGCGAGCGCGGCCCCACGGGUCCCAGGGGCCAGCGGGGUCCUCGAGGAGCCACCGGGAAGUCAGGGGCGAAGGGCACCUCUGGCAGCGACGGCCCCCACGGUCCCCCGGGAGAAAGGGGCCUGCCGGGACCGCAGGGAACCAACGGCUUCCCGGGACCCAAAGGACCCCCCGGCCCCCCCGGCAAGGAUGGGCUCCCCGGGCACCCCGGGCAGCGAGGAGAAGUCGGUUUCCAAGGCAAGACUGGCCCCCCCGGCCCCCCCGGGGUGGUGGGACCGCAGGGACCAGCUGGGGAGUCCGGCCCCAUGGGGGAGCGCGGCCACCCGGGGCCCCCCGGCCCCCCGGGAGAACAAGGGCUGCCAGGACCGUCUGGCAAAGAGGGCACCAAGGGAGACCCUGGUCCCACCGGCUCCCCCGGGAAAGAUGGCCCCGCCGGGUUGCGGGGCUUCCCCGGCGAGCGGGGCCUGCCCGGCACCCCAGGUGGCCCAGGGCUGAAGGGCAACGAGGGACCGGCGGGACCCCCAGGACCCGCAGGCUCCCCCGGGGAGAGAGGAGGACCGGGACAUGGUGGCCCCGUUGGCCCCCCUGGGCGACCGGGACCACAAGGGCCACCGGGCCCCGCCGGAGAGAAGGGCGUCCCCGGCGAGAAAGGUCCCAUGGGCCCCGCUGGCCGGGACGGCGUUCAGGGCCCAGUGGGCUUGCCCGGCCCCGCCGGCCCCCCCGGUGGCCCCGGUGAGGACGGCGACAAGGGCGAGGUGGGCGAGCCGGGCCAGAAGGGCAGCAAGGGCAACAAGGGCGAGCACGGUCCUCCCGGUCCCCCAGGGCCCAUCGGGCCGGUCGGGCAGCCCGGAGCCGCCGGCGCCGACGGGGAGCCGGGUGCCAGAGGUCCCCAGGGCCACUUCGGUGCCAAGGGUGACGAGGGGACGCGGGGCUUCAACGGCCCCCCCGGCCCCAUCGGCCUCCAGGGUUUGCCUGGCCCGGCUGGUGAGAAGGGUGAAACGGGUGACGUAGGACCCAUGGCCCCCCCCGGCCCCCCAGGCCCCCGUGGCCCCGCUGGACCCUCUGGAGCUGACGGACCCCAGGGACCCCCUGGAGGUAUCGGCAACCUGGGCCCCCCCGGGGAGAAGGGGGACCCUGGUGAAUCGGGGGCCCCAGGCAUCCAAGGGGAACCAGGAGUCAAGGGCCCGCGAGGAGAGCGAGGGGAGAAAGGAGAAGCCGGAGCCGCCGGCGUGGCCGGGCCACCGGGGGGAAAAGGCCCCCCCGGCGAUGAUGGGCCCAAGGGGAACCCCGGUCCCGUUGGUUUUCCUGGCGAUCCGGGACCCCCCGGUGAAAUGGGCCCCAGGGGCCAGGACGGUGCCAAGGGUGAGCGCGGGGAGGAUGGCGAGCCUGGGGAGCCGGGCUCGCCAGGUCCAACGGGCGAGAACGGGCCUCCCGGGCCCCUGGGGAAGAGGGGCCCCGCUGGCUCCCCCGGCCCCGAGGGGCGUCAGGGCGAGAAGGGCGCGAAGGGAGAACCCGGAGCCGUGGGUGCUCCCGGCAAGACCGGUCCCGUGGGGCCCCAGGGCCUUGCCGGCAAGCAGGGACCGGAUGGUCUCAGGGGUCUGCCGGGCUCGGUGGGAGAACAAGGCAAGCCGGGCACCACAGGGCAAGCUGGGCCACCGGGACCAGUGGGUCCCCCAGGUCUCCCCGGCCUCAAAGGUGACACCGGUGCCAAAGGAGAGAAGGGCCACCCUGGUCUCAUUGGCCUGAUCGGACCCCCAGGGGAGCAGGGGGAGAAGGGAGACCGGGGUCUGCCCGGCCCCCAGGGCUCCACGGGGCAGAAAGGAGAAACCGGGAUCCCUGGAGCUACCGGACCCAUCGGCCCCGCUGGCCCCCCCGGCCUUCCCGGCCCAGCAGGUCCCAAAGGUGCCAAGGGAGCCAUGGGCCAAGCAGGACCCAAAGGUGAACGCGGACCUCCGGGACCCCCCGGACACCCGGGGCCCCCCGGGGAGGUGAUCCAGCCCCUGCCCAUCCAGCUGCCCAAGAAGAGCAAGCGCUCCAUCGACGCCAGCAAGCUGGUGGAGGAGGAGGAGGAGGAGGAGGGUGGAGAGCGAGCAGCUGCCGACCAGGCGGCUCGCGACUACGCCGACGGCAUGGAGGAGAUCUUCGGCUCCCUCAACUCCCUCAAGCAGGAGAUCGAGGGCAUGCGCCGCCCGAUGGGCACCCAGGACAACCCGGCCCGCACCUGCCAGGACCUGCAGCUCAGCCACCCCAGCCUGCCUGAUGGCGAGUACUGGAUUGACCCCAACCAGGGCUGCGCCCGAGACUCCUUCAAGGUCUUCUGCAACUUCACAGCGGGCGGGGAGACCUGCGUCUUUCCCAGCAAGGACAUAGAGGAGGUGAAGAUGUCGUCCUGGGAGCAGGAGGAGCCCCAGCGGUGGUUCAGUCAGUUCAAGGAGGGCAGCAGGUUCUCCUACACAGACUCGGACAGCCAGCCCCUUGGCGUGGUGCAGCUGACCUUCCUACGGCUCCUCAGUGUCUCUGCCCGCCAAAACUUCACGUACCACUGCCACCGCUCGGUGGCCUGGCACAGCACCACCUCCGGGGACCAUCGGCAUGCCCUCCGCUUCCUGGCUGCCAACGAGGAGGAGCUCAGCUACGACACCAGCCCCUACAUCAAAGCUGUGACAGACGGCUGCGCGGCACGAAAGGGCUCCAGCCAAACGGUGCUAGAGGUGAGCACGCCCCGCCUGGAGCAGCUCCCGCUAAUGGAUGUGCGAGUCAUGGACUUUGGCGAGCCCAGCCAGAGGUUCGGGUUCGAGGUGGGACCAGUCUGUUUCCUCGGCUAG